GAUGGAUGGGAGGCAUGUUGUUGGUUGGAGCUAUCCCAAUCUGUUCUGGGAUAACAGGGUUCCUGUUCCUGGCUGGUUUAUGUCACCAUGCAGCACUAUGGAGUGAACGGCUACUCCCUGCACGCCAUGAACUCGCUGAGUGCCAUGUACAACCUGCACCAGCAGGCAGCUCAGCAAGCCCAGCACGCCCCCGACUACCGGCCCUCGGUGCACGCCCUCACCUUGGCAGAGAGACUGGCUGACAUCAUUUUGGAGGCACGUUAUGGAUCCCAGCACCGCAAACAAAGGCGAAGUCGCACGGCUUUCACUGCCCAGCAGCUGGAGGCACUGGAGAAGACCUUCCAGAAGACUCACUACCCAGACGUGGUGAUGAGAGAGCGGCUGGCUAUGUGCACAAACCUACCUGAAGCCAGAGUCCAGGUCUGGUUCAAGAACCGGAGAGCCAAAUUCCGGAAGAAGCAGCGGAGCCUGCAGAAAGAGCAGCUGCAGAAGCAGAAGGACUGUGAAGGGAGCCACAGCGAGGGCAAGACGGAGCCGCCUGUGCUGGAGACCCAGGCCACCACCCCGGACACCGAGAAGGUCCAGAGCCUCCCCAGUGAGGUUGGCACAGACCUCAACCUAACCCUGUCGGAGCAGUCGGCCAGCGAGUCGGCACCAGAGGACCAGACCGACAGAGAGGAGGAGUUUAAGAGCACCUUGGAUGAGGCUAAAGUGGACAAGAGCCCUGGUGUGGACAGCAAGGCUUUGAACUGCAAGAGAGCGAGCCCAAAAGCAGAGUCCCCUAUCAGCGCAACUGUGACGCCUUCAUCCAGCAGCGGCCUGGCCCAGACUCACUCCUACUCCUCCUCUCCCUUGAGCCUCUUCCGCCUGCAGGAGCAAUUCCGCCAGCACAUGGCAGCCACCAACAACCUGGUCCAUUACUCCUCCUUUGAAAUGGGGACACCGUCUGCCAUGCCCUACUUGGGCAUGAACGUCAACAUGGCGCCACUGAGCUCUCUGCACUGUCAGUCCUAUUACCAGUCGCUCUCCCACGCUCAGCAGGUCUGGUCCUCACCCAUCCUGCAGGCCUCCAGCUCCCUUCCAAGCCUGAACAGUAAAACGACGAGUAUUGAGAACCUAAGGCUCCGGGCAAAGCAGCACGCCGCGUCCCUCGGGCUCGACACCCUGCCCAACUGACUGCCAGAGGAGCUACCAUUGCCCACGAGAAGAUGCACCAGAGGUUGGCACUAGACAUGUCACUCCUUGAAUCCCCACGCACCCCCAUCUCUUCCUGGAGUAAGGUGCUCCCUUUCAGGGAAGACUUUGCCUUUAUUAACGUCUUACUAGCACCACGAUUGCAUCAGAC